AUGGUGGUCACAGACACGCUAAGUCGUGCAUAUCUCAGUAACACAUCAACACCUGAGAUUGAUACCUCUGACAUGACACGCCAUGUUCAUUUCGUAAUAUCGAAUCUUCCGAUUAGUGAUGACAAGCUUCUCAAGUUUCAGCGCGAAACCUCACGCGAUCCUGAUUUAGAGAAACUCCGGGAGCAUACAGAAAAAGAAUGGCCCCAGCAGAAGAAAGAUGUUGAUUCUCUUGUACAUCCAUACUACAAAUAUCGCGAUGAAAUCACUGCUGCAAAUGGUCUGCUUCUGCGAAACGAGCGCAUCAUCCUUCCCACUACAAUGCGCCAAGAAAUGCGUACAAAAAUACACGCAGGCCACCUGGGCAUUGAAAAAUCACGAGCAAGAGAAGUUCUCUUUUGGCCAGGCAUGUCAACUAAAAUAACAUAUGAUAGGAAAUUGUAGCAUCUGUUUAGAAUAUAGAAACAAGCAACAAAAAGAGCAUUUGUGACCUUCUCCAGGAAAACGUACACUAACGGUUUACCGUUUAACGGCUUAAAGCGUUAAGAAUCCAUUAACUAAGCGUUAAAACGGCUUGGGAAAGCGUUCAAGCCGUUAGUAAAACCGUUUGAAAAAUUUGCCUUGCGUUAGAAGCAUUAGAGAAACCAUUAAAGGCGUUAGUCAAGGUCAUUCAAAGUGUUAGAAAAAGUCGUUUGAAAUUUCGUUCCAGGAUGUUCAAAGCGUUCGGCAAAGUCGUUAGAUUUGCAUUCUAGGACGUUUAAUGAGUGAAGUUCUUUUGAUUAUUCUGUUUUAUGUCCUUUGAAAUUAUAAUCGUUGGGUUAUCGCUCUACAUUCGUUAGAUUAUCGCCCAAUCUGUACUUGGUUAAAACCUGCAAAACAUACGUUUUCUCACACUUUCAUGCGUUUGUAAACACACGAGCAUUAAAUUAUUUUAAUCCCUCACGAAAUUCCCGACCAACCCUGGAUAAAAAUUGGUGUUGAUCUGUUUAACUUAAAGAGUAAGAAUUAUCUACUAGUAGUAGACUACCACUCUAAGUUUUUUGAGGUUUGCUUGUUAGCAGACACGUUAAGUUCAACUAUUGUAACUCAAAUGAAAUCAAUUUUUGCACGUCAAGGAAUACCAAAGAUUGUAGUUUCUGACAAUGGUCCACAAUUUUCCUCCUAUGGCUUCGCCACAUUCGCAAAGCAGUGGGACUUCAAACAUGUCAUGUCAAGUCCCACAUAUCCACAAAGCAAUGGUAUGGCUGAACGAACUGUGCAGACAGUCAAAAAUCUCAUCAAAAAAACACUGCAAGAUGGUGAAGACCCAUAUUUGGCGCUCCUCAAUUCUCGCACAUCUCCUACAGUGGAUGGUGGUCCUUCACCAGCUUUCAAGCUCAUGCAAUGGAACCCAAGAACCUUACUACCAUCUGCAAAGCCAUACCGCGUCAAAGCCCCUAACUAUUCAUCAGCAUACUACAAUCAAGGUGCAAAGUCCCUACCAAGCCUAAGUGCACACGAUACUGUCAGAAUCCAGAACGGAACCUCAUGGGCUACCAAAGGCAAAGUCAUUGAACCACUUGAAUAUCCACCUCGGCCCUACACUGUCGAAACUGAAAGCGGACACAGACUUCGCAGGAACAGGCGUGACCUACUAAGCACCAAAGAGGAGUUUACUCCAUCUCCAAACAUCGGGAUCACUCAGCCUUCAACAAACACAUCCGUAGAACAAGAUCAACACUCCACUGACCCGCACUCCACCUACGGUGAGGAGUCACAGCCAGCACCCACUCCAAUAUACACACGAUCCCGUCGACAAGUGAUCAGACCGAUCCGAUUUAAGGACUCUGUAUGAACACAUAGUUAUACAAUAUUAUAAACCUCAUAGUCGUAUACCAUAUAUAUGCAACAUGUAUUCAACUGUUAUAGGAAAAGGGGGAUGUCAUGAUUGUUAUGUAAUUAUGUAGUUGUCAAAGGUAGUUUACCUAAUUAACCAAUCAAUCAUGCCGUUUAUAUCAGGUUAUAGUUUUGUACCUAAAGGUUUAGACACGAUAGAAUAAAUCCAUUCUUCUGUCCAAACUUCUGGUCUGAUCUUUAGAGUAACAAAUCAUGUCUGUUAGGACUGAAUAACUUCAGUUUUAUUCGGUCUUGACAAGUGUAAAACCUUAUACCUAAAUUUUAGUGUCCCCAAUUUAAGUUGUGCUGCUGAGAUUAGGAGCUAGGUAAGAAGAGCCAAGCCAAAUUUAGUAAUAACUUGUUUUAAGCAUUAAGAGCCAGCUUAGUCCACAAAACUCAACAAAAAUGUACACAAAGCUAACAGCACAAAUCUAAACAUGACUUUGAUGACUGAUAUGCUUGAAUUUUAAUUAACUGCAAAAUUUUCAUGUUAUAACUUGCACAAACAUACCAACACUUCCAUAUUCAUUAAUAGGACAAUAGUCUAGAUUGGAGUGAUAUUCUUUCACAAGAACACACUUCACAAUGGAACAUGCACUUGUUUUUGUGCAUUAAAAAAUGUCUCUUAAUAAAAUUUAUCUUGUUACUGCACUAUAAAUUUCUCCAAAAUGCAUAUUACCGUAUUUAUUCGACUAUAAGCCGAUCUUGGCUAUAAGCCGAGACCCCAAACUUUGAACGUGUGAACUCGGCAUAACGAGAACCAAAAAUAAAUCGAAAACACCCAGCUAUAACCCGAGACCCAUUCAUUAUAACAAGACUGAAUUGUUAACUACGGGAAAACCUAACAUUUUCGGAAAAAAAUCACAUUGAUUGUCAUAAAUGAGGCUUAGACGAUAACACAAAUAUAUAACACGCGUAAACAAGAGAUGUAAUGGUGAUUUAUUAUGCAAAAAGCUUCCCUCUUAGAAAACACACGCGAAUUAAUAAAUAUUACCCGUAACUAACUAUUCAAUUGAAACGCAAUGAAUCAUAACUCAGAUGAAUUAAUGUGAUCCAAAAAAUGAAUUUAAAACUGUGUUGUUAAGCGGCAUCACCAGUACCUAGACAUCCGUAGCGUCUAUCAAACAAUCUCGUGUUCGCAAUCGUUUAUUUCAAGUCAAGUUGUCAUCAUGCCCAAGGCUCAUCGCACGUCAUACAACCUCGCGCUUAAACUUAAAAUAGUCGCCGAAGCAGAAGCUGUUGAAAAUAACUCUGAAAUCGCCAGAGAAUAUGGCAUCAGUGAGUCCAUGGUCCGUCGCUGGAGGAAAGAUCAAGCGAACCUUUGUAACGGCGAGAUUAAAUUGUCAGCGAAACGGAAGACGAUGGGAUGCUUCACGCCGAAGUAUCCGGAGCGCGAUCAAAGAAUACUGGAAUAAUUUACAGAGGAGAGAAGCCAAGGUAAGUUUUUUGUCGAGCAUUGAUUUGUAUUUUAAAACAACGGAAACAAGAUCACGAAAUAAAUCUAUCAGCUGAUUGCAGAGUGAAUAUGAGUUGAAUGUGUGACUCUCAAAACUAUCGUAGUAUCAUGUGACAAUAUUGUGUAUGAAAGAUUCUCAUUGGCCAGUUUUCACAGAUGUCAAAACAAAUUCAAGACGUGUCAAAUUUUUAACCUUGCGAUCGUUUGGUAACCUUCUCACUUCGGUUUGCAUAGGAAUAGCUGUUAGCGGAUUGACACUACGUCUAAAGGCAAAGGAAUUCAGCGAGGAUUCUGAGUUUCAAGCGUCCCUCGGCUGGUACCAGAAAUGGAAACGCCGCCAUUCCGUCAGCCUUCGCACCAAAACAACACUCGCUCAGCGUCUCCCAGAAGACUUGGAGCAGCAAACAGUCAAGUUCCAUCGAUUUGUAAUCACAUCCCGUCAGCGUCACGGUUACUCCCUAUCAAGAAUCUUUAUCUUUUCCGUGAAAACACAUUAAAUUUAUCAAACGCCUCCUUUAGGAGCCACCACAUUCUUAAAAGUUAAUAACCAACGAUUGCAUAUUGUGUUUCUUUACUUUAGCUCGGCUUAUACGUAAAUACAUCUCGAUUUAGUAGAGUUUCCAUGCGCCGGAAAAAAUUUUUUUUCAAAAAACUUUCGGCUAUAAGCCGAGACCCCCUCUAGAGCCCAAAUUUUAAUUCAAUUCAGUUUUGAUUUGUGUAAAAAUCGCUCGGCUUAUAGUCGAAUAAAUACGGUACCUACUAUUACUCUGUAAUUAACUUUAUGCAAAAAGGUCAACAAACAAGAGAUCACAUUUCUUUACAAAAACCAUUUGAUGAUGUUUCCCAGCUGCCAGUUACUCUCAAUACCAACCUCGGUAAUUAUUACAAAGGCUUGAACUUAAGAAAAGCCACAACUGCAAUUUAUUUCCCCCGAUUGAUUAAUUGCUGGACCUUACUUUUUUCUUUUAUUUGAAUGGACUUUUAAUUGUACCAAAUUAUCUUAUUUAUAGGGUUGUAUUCUAGAGGGAAAUCACAUGUUUUAUGCCUGUCAGUUGCAAUACAACUGCUUCUAUCAUUAUGGAAUGACGAGGAAAGAUAUGGCGAUCAUAUCCCUGAAACAACUGACCAAACCGACGACUUAGAUGAUGACAUCAACAACGAUGUUGCACAACACAUUGAUGCCACAGACGAAAGUGCUGCAGAUAGUGACAGUGAUAUCAACAAUGAUGCUGAACAAGACAUCAAUGGCACAGAUGAAACUGAUGACGAUGACAGUGAACACAUCAUCCACCGCAGCGGAUUACCUCAGUAGGACCAACAGCAGUCAACAUUGCACACAGCAUUGUUGACACAUGCCUCUCCCAGUUAUGUGAGUUUUCCCAGUUGGUUUUCUUGUAUUAGAAAGAAUAUAGACAUAUUACACUUCUUGAAACAAUGCAACGCAACAGAAUAGAAAGCCAAAGGAAUAUUAAUCCUAUUACCUUAAUUGCAUCUUGUCAUAAAGCAGAAUCUAAUACUGCAGUGCACCAAGUGAACAAAGCAUGACAAUAAAAUUAGUCCAUAAUAAUAAUUGUGUAAUAUAGUAUUGUACUAUCAAUUUCACAAUUUUAAUUAAAUCAUAAAUUGCCUUCAUUCAAUUUACAUGCAUUACAUUUUGUAACAAUAUUAUAAAGCUGACAACAGUCUCCUAUGAUAACAUUUUAAGUUGUUAACUUGCUACUAAGCUAUAAGAAUAUCUAGCAUACUGUGUGUUUGGACCUUUUCUUAAUCAAAUUAUGCUAAAUUAAUAUAUUUUAUCUUUCCUAAUUCCAGCAACGAGCAUCACAAUGAUUAUAUACGUCGUCAAAACAAUCAGCCAAGCCCAAACAAGAAAAGAAAGCGUCAAUGAUUGGUGACAACAGAAGCAUAUAUACUACCAGUGGAUGCCAUUUUUGUGUCAUACUUUUUAAUGAAUGAUUUUAAAAAUACAUAAUUCUUUUUAUCAGUUACAAGGUGUCUUGAAUUACAACAAAAUUUCUUCUCUACAAGUUUUUGACAUAUUUACAUACAUAAACUUUCCUUUAAGAAAUUGUCACAUUGUUUGUUAAUAAGUUCAUUCCAGUUCAUGUUUUUGAUUCAAUCGAAGAAACUUUCCAUUUUAAUGACUGUACACCUUCAAUGACAAUAUAAACAAUUUAUCUGAUGAAACAAAUGUGUGUGGAAACAUCCACAGUAGAACUUUGUAUGGACAUAUAUAUAUAUAUUUUUGGAUCUACUACCACAAAAAGCUAGAAAUUUAAGUUUUGAUGGGUCCUACUUUCUAUCUUCUUUACAAUUUGAUUAAUCAGUGAAAACAGUCCUUUCUCAUGUUUACUCAACAGUCAAUAAAGUAUUAACAACACUACCACAAUGUUUAUUCAAUCAGACGGCUAUCGAGAGAAUAGAUCAAGAGAAGGGAAGAAAAAAGAGAACUAGCACACCAAGGGGAAAUGAGGUCGAUUAUGAAUGAAAAAAUUUAUAUCCACGAACUUGCCACCAAAACAAAGUUUUAACAUAGCCCACAAUAGAUCCAAUUGAAAGCUUUGGUUACUCUGUGUACUCCAGUUGUAUAUGAGAAACAAAGUGGUAAUUAAAAAUUAAUUCCUCCAUACAGAAUGGGCUCUGAGUCAAUAGCCCAUGAGACCGAAAGCUAAGUGGGCUAUUGACUCACAGGUAUGAGUGGUGGAGGAAUAAUUUGUUCUACUAAACUCCAACUAGUUGGUCAUAUGUAUCGAAAAAAAACAUCUUUAGCCAGCAAAAUGCGAUUUAGCCACCAUGGUUAUGGUUUUCAAAGCUGGGGCGAUUUUCUACUAGUGGGCUAUAGGUAUCCACGAGCUAAAAAUGAUUUGAAGACACAACAACUACCCAGUAAGAGAGUCCACAGGAAGAUAGCAAAGAAGAUAACAUAUACAAUUGCCAUUCCAAUAGAUUGUAAUUUGGACUUAUUUCCUUAAUCCUAAUAAUGCUAUCACAGAGGGCUAUGCUGAAAGGCUUGUUAGAUUUACCCGCAAAUGGAACAUCUCCACUUUAUGUUAAAGAUGGUUCUGGAAUCACUGUUAGGACACAUCAUGCAGAGAUCUGCACAGAGGGUGGCAGGCUCCCUUGGAACAAUAGAUAGAGUUAUGGAUGGCAUCCAGAAAGAGAUGGGCUUGAAGAAGGAGCCAGGGCAUCAUAAAAUCAAGGACCCUGAACAAGCUGUCAAAGUCGUUGCUACCGACCCUGAUACUGGUUCCCCCAAGUAUUGUGGUUUAUCAACUCAUACUAAUGGUUGGCCUGUCAAUAAACUAAAAGCUGUAACAGUAGUGCAUUGUACUGAACUAUAAUUGACCCUGAAAAUUGGUAUGUUAGACCCUUAAUUUCCCUUUAUAAAAUUGUUGGUGAAAAUGAUACUGUCAUAGCUGUUACUAUUGAACUGUUAUAAAACAAUAAUAAAGAUUAAAGGUAAUUAUUCUUUUUCAAUCUGUUGCCGCUUGGUUACUAUUUCAUGUCUGACCAUCUCCAAAACAGGUUGAUUGUUACUUUUGGAGUACCACUUUUCUUUUUUUAAAGGCAACCCACUCGUUUUAAUCAUAACAAUGUUACUAGGGAUGAAUCACACUAUUUUAUCUCAAUACAUCAUUGCAACAUUUUCGCGACACUGCUUCAAAUUCUUACAUUGUUUCAACACUGAUUUUUGCUCUAAAAGCAGUCGUAGCAAAUCAUCUUGUGGUAUGUGCAACAUUGCCGCCAGCAACAGAAAAAUAACUAAAGGUAAAGAACGUUUGUAUUGAAAUUAUUUUUUACGCCACACAUGUACCCUUUCCCUUCACAGGGUUGGUUGUCAGGUAAAUGCACAAACAAGGUAUAUCACUAACUCUGCUGAAGUCAUGUAAGUCAUUAAGAGUCUCGGCAACAUUAAAGAAACAGAUUGAGUUUAAGCAAAAAGCUGAUAUGUGAAUGAUCUAAAUGCCUCUUAAAUAAUUUUAAAAGAUUGCAAAGUUACAUACAAUAGUGAAUAAUAAAUAAAAAUUACAGAAUGGCGUCUCCAACAAAGAAGGAAGUGGAAGAUUUAAUACGAUAUGUUGUAAACAGAGCUAAAAGAGAAAUAAACUCCAACAAGAUGUUGCUGAAAAAAAAAAUUACAUCCCAAGGGAGGGAGUCAUAAAUAACCAAGGUUCCCUGGGUACACUCACCUGGUAUUUAGAAGCUAAGCACCUUCCUUAAAAUUCUGGCCGUUCCCAAUAGGGCAGUUUUUUGAAGCUGUCCAAUUCUAAUCACCAGUUUCUCACUCCAUUUUUCAAGUUUCUUGGUAACACUUUCAAGGGCCCCUAAGACAACUGGAACUACAUCCACGUUUUCUUAUACCCCACAUUCUUCUAAUCUCUUAUUUCAAAGCCAGAUAUUUUCGAUUUUUUCAAAUUUUUCUAACAGUUUCUUCAGUGCCAAUGACACCAACAGUUUUUGCAGCUAUUAACAAUUCCUCUGUUGCAUUCUUAAGCUACCACCCCGAGUUGUUUUCCUCACUCCAGAUACAAGCUUCUUUUAUGAAAUUCACACACUGAAGCCAACUGUUAUUACUGAGUGGCCAGAAGACAAAGAGCAAGUGCCUCUCCCCAUCAGAGUGUACUGGCGCUAUCGAGACGAGAUUAAAUUGAGUGCCAAUGUCCAUGCACAUUCAGUUUCCUCUGCAGUUCAACGUGUUCAAUGUCCGUUUGGUCGUCACUGGAUCAUGUGUAACCCUUUUCAAGGGUCAAAUUCCCUACGGGGAGCUAAUAAUCUCUUUCGAGAGAUCAAAAAUUUCCUUCAGGGAGCUAAAAAUCUCUUUCGAGAGAUCGAAAAUUCCCUUUGGGGAGCGAAUAGUCUCUUUCGGGAGAGCGAAAAUUCCUUUCAGGUAGAAAUUUAUAAUCGCCUUUGCGAGGCAAAGAAAUCCAGUACUGUUCCUAGCACUCACUUCUUUUGGGAGACAACGGACUACCUCGUUUUGGAAGCUAUGAAUAAGGCCAUAAUAAGUCCUGUAUUUGUUGAACAGACAUCUAAUUGAGCGUGUCGAGUGUUUUUGUCCAAAUACUUGCCAUUCCUAAGUUCACUAUAGAUUAAUAGUUUCUGUUGCAUUUUAUGCCUACGUUUCAAAUUAGAACUUUGCUUUCAGUACUUUACGUAUAGAACUUUGCUGCAUUGCUUUCAGUACAAAAGUUGUGGUUCAUGUUGUAAGAUUAUAUAAUAUAUUGUUUAUGUUAGAAUAAACUUACAGUUCUCUUCACACAAAAUGUUUGUGGUAAAAGGUACCAGCUUAAUCCCUUCUCACCAGUAUUCUGUGCAAAGAUGUUUACAAAGUUUUCUUUUUUAUCCCUAUUCUAUUUCCACUCCUCCCUCUUCGUUUUUAUUUCAGUCUUAUUUUCUUUUCUUCAAUUCUUUUAUAUUACAUUUCUAUACCAGUACUGCAGUAGACACAUGCAGUCUUAGGCUGCCUAUUUUUACUUUAUUUUAUUAGCUUCCCCUGUUACUGAACAAUGAAUAAUAAAUAAAUGCUUAAUAGGCAGGGGUGCCACAACAGCAGUUAGCCAAUUACAGUGGUCCCAGGAUAAUGGUCCACAGUUAAUCAAGCGUUCACACAGUUCGCCUCCACCUGGGAGUUUAAGCAUGUAACCUCGUCACCACAUUACUCUAAAUCAAACAGAAAGGCAGAAUCAGCGGUUAAAGUUGCCCAGACCAUAAUCAAGAAAGCUCUCAAAGAUGGUAAAGAAAAGAUCAAAGAAAACAAGCAGAAGGCCAAAUACUAACAUGAUCACACAGCCAAGGUACUCCCGGAAAUUGAAGUCGGACAGGAAGAAAGGAUUGCACCUCUUGAAUGUAAUCAGACCCGGAAGAGUGGCAUAUGUGUGAAAAAGUAUGCAGAUCAUUCGUAUCUAGUUAAGACACCUCAGGAAACAGUGCAUAGAAAUAGGAAAAGCCUGAAGUCAGCACCACCGUUAUGACAUACUCCUCCCCCAACAGGAUGACUCCCGACACCCUUCAGCGUCCCCCAGAGUCUGAGCAGACAGAAGGUCGUACUCUGACGUCACUGCCAAAUUUUCUUGGAUGGAUAGAUUACCAAAUUUUCUUAGCUGUGGGGCUCUGCUCAGGUGCACAAAAGCGCCAGCAAGAAGCUCAGCUAUUAUAACACCACAAACAGCAAAAAACACAAGACGACCUCUAUGAAGAAAUAAGAAAGAACAAAACUUUGAAAGCAGCAUAGCAAGGUUGCAAUUCACAGAGUUCAUAAGGAAAUGUGAAGUCUCUAAAGUUGGGCCAAGUGUGCGCGCUGCCCUGACAACCAAACCUCAGUUAGAUGGAAUGGGUAUGGGUAUUUCUCUAUCCAUCAUAGGCAAAGAAAACAUGCUGUGUAAACCUUCUUGGCUUACCAACCCUGAGCAUUAUUGCAAAAGAGCAUGCUUGAUGGAUGUUAAUGUUUCCAAAGCAUAAAGUAACCUUUGUGAAUGAAAAAGUUUAAAAACAAACAGGAAUGAAAAACUGCAGCCUUUUUUGCACUAGCAUUUGCAGCAGAUUUGUGCCAUGGCCUUGACCCAGUGAACAAAAGGUAUGUCAAAAAUACUUUGCGCAGCCACUACAUCAGUUGCCUUGAAAGCAGGGCGAUAAGCCAAAACUAAGUGAAGAAAGCCUCUACACUUUGUUGCCAACAAGACACAAAUUGCAAUUUACUGCACCUGCAGACUACCAAAUGAUCAAAACAAAUAUGUUGAGUGCUUAAAAUGCAGAGUGGUAUCAUCCUACAUGUGUUACCAUACCAGCAUGGGCAUUUCAUUCCAACUUCCAACAAAAAGUGGAGAUGUGACAAGUGCAAAGAAGCUGCUGGAAAACUUAGAGAAAAUAAAUAUCACACACUUUAGGCUCUUUAAAGAACUACUAAGACAUUAAGUGGGUAAUGGCACCUUCAAGGUAACAGGUCAUUUAGCCUCAUCUUGUGAUCUAGCCCUGGAUAUUUGUGAGUAAUACAAGCUCCAAAGCUCCUGAGUAGAGAGUUGGCACUGCCGCGCUUGGUUGCCUCAAAUUUUUGGAAGUAAAGGACGAAACAAAAUCAGACUUGUCUCAAGGAACUCAGAUCUCUUCAUCGUCAAGCGUAAGCAAAUUACUAGCCCUUAAGGCCCAAAGAGCUCCUCUAGAGCAAAAGAUAAUAAUUGCUGAUACGACAAAAGAACAAGAGAAAACCCACGGUAAGCUAAAACAUAAACAAGCACUAAGUGAGACACUCAACAGAGAAGCAGUUUAUCAAGUAGCGUUAAAUGUGAGAGAUGAAAACAACAAGGAUGAGUCGCUGUCACAGGUGGUCCCCAAUGGCUUAGGAAGAAUCAUGCACAGUUUUUUGUACGCACAAAAACCUCUGAAACGACAAAGUCCUCAGCAAGUAUCAUGCAAACAUCAGUUUCUGUCAAACAAUCUCUAUCGCUCAAAAAGCAGACACAAGUCUCUUAAACACAGCCCUCAAGAUCUGUCACGCAGUCAUCGAGUUUUGUAACACAGUCUUUAACGUCGAUCACACAUGGCUUUCAGUUCUCAACACCAAAGGUGAUCAUGUAUAUGAUUUUUAUCUUCAUACAGGAUGUUACCCAGUAUCCGGACACUUCAGUUAAGCAUCGCAAUAACUUUCCUUUGUUAGUCGCGAGAGCUCUGAAAUUUGGCCCAGAGAAAGUCUAUUUAGUCCUUAAUAUGAAGAAAGACAGUGGUUUGCUAGCUCAAUUAACCAAUCUGCAAACAAUUUUUUUUCUUCAUUUUAUAUUUUAAAAAAAAAGCUUGGGGAAGGGACCUCAAUGCAAAGGUCAAAGGUCACUCUUCCAUUUAGUCUGACCUACAGUGUUGAUUUCUUCAUGCUCAGUCCCUACAGACCCUACACUAAUUCCUCCUACUUUCACAUCUCUCAAUCCUGUUGUGACAUUUUUCAGACCGUUGCAACCCCAUUCUAGCAGUCACAACUGGGGAAAGUAUGAGAAUUCCAGGUUCGACUCCAAUGAUUUUGGUUAUGCAGUCACGCGAAACAAGUGGCGCACACGAAAUCAAGUUGCCUCCGAAUGAGUGAAGAAAAUGUACAUACGGAGUUGACUAGAAUUACAUUUUACAACUAUAUCGCAUAUCUUAAGCUUUAAUUAUAGAUAUAGAUGUGAAAUAGAUCUUAUCCGGAUAAUGUACACAGCUAAUUCAUUGUUUCUGAACAGCAAAGACAAAACUGUCCGGAUACUAGGCACCUGACAUCAAUACUUAGUGAAUGUUUCUGGGAUCCGUUAUUCCAAACAAAUCGAAUUUCAAGAAGAACUAAUAAACGUUCUGAGAACCUGAUUUCUUUAAGUAUCUUCACUUUAAUUAUAAACCGUUUCAUUGAAAAUAUCACAUAUUACCUACCCUUUUCCGAGCAGCACUAAUUUUACUGCACAGUAAACAGCGUAAAUAUUAGCCAUGAAAUGUUUAUUGACCUGAACAGAACGGGGUCUUUUGCGACUGUUUUGCAAGCUUUCAACUCGACAAAACCUUCAUCUUAAAGCCGAAAUGUUCAGCUUUUGUUCGAAAUACUUCGUUCACCGAUAUCUGAAAAGGGCCCCUCAAAAAUUGAGCUUUUGUUUUAAGUGCCCGGAUACUGGGCAACAUACUGUACUCGAUUCCAAGUUUCAUGUAUUUUUUUUUUUGGACGCAGUAUGAAUAAAAAAUGUCAUGUAGAAAAUGCGAGGGGUACUUUUUACAUAGUUCCUUGACUGCUUUUCAGCAAUAAUUGUUUUCCAACAUCUGUAAACAGUUGGUUCUGUGCUUAUUUCAACAGACAGCAUUCUUGAAAAAAAAAAACAUGUUUGAAUGAGGAUGGAUGAUCCUCUGUUAACUGACAUAGAAACCCGCACAUAAGAACAAAUGGAUUGAGAACACCAGACUGAAAUUUGGCCCCUAAAGCACCAUAUAUAUUAGAACCAGUUCAGUCUGAUAAAUUAACCAAGUUAUUAUAGAAUAAGGGACAGAGUGACAGAAUAAGAAAGCAAUGUAACUAUAGUUGCUGCUAGACAAUUACAAAACUAUAACAGUUGCCUGUUUGUCUAGGAUUUUUGUUUGCUUACUUAAUUAUUCAUAAUAAAAAUAUGCUAACUAAACCUCUACUAACAUGUUAUGUGUAACAUUUCUGAAACGAAGUUUAAGAACAUAUUAAGAACAUCUUUAGGCUGAUUUCUCACUAAGCACCCAAUAAAUAUGAACUAGAUCAGCCUGAACCCGAAAUCAUGUGUUCUUAUAUGCGGGUGUUUACUGUACGGCAUUUACACUGAUAGUUUCUCAUUUUUGUUCUAUGCAGGAGAUUGCCUGACAGUAACAUAGCAACGAAGAUAUAUGUACCACUACUGCCAGUGAUCAUGUUGUAGCUGAAGGGCCCAACAAUUGUGAAGUGGUUGCUCCAGUGGGGCAGUUUGAUGACGAUUUUGCUCUCACCGGUGGAAAAACUGCCAUUUCAAGUCUGGAAGAAGGAGAAAGUCAUUUUGUAAAGACCAUGGUUGUCAGAGGAACACAGAAGCCCAUAAUACUGAUUAAAUGA